AUGGCUGGACUGCUGCUGCCACUCUGUAAGCUUAUACUGCCUGCGAGACAUAGCAUUGCCAUGUGCGCCCCACGGCGUUUAGGCGUGAACAUCCUUUUUCCCGAGCGGAUCACCAACUCCAUUCGCGAUAAUCUCGACCUGCCCGAAAGAACACCGAGCGCAGCAGCUCUCUGGGGGGCUGUGGGGUUGAAAAGCCGGGUCUCUUCAUUAGCUUCCGCGAAAUGCCAUGGCAUUGACGGCAGCUAA